AUAAUUAUAAAUAAUUACAAAUUGACAAUUUUACGUGUUAUUUCUUCUAUCAAAAAGUUAUGAAUCUUCAAAAUUCAUAAUUCGAUCGCCUUAAAUCCAGACUUCAGAGAGAACCUCUGCCUCAAUAUUUUGAAAUGGCUUCGGAAAAUAAAACCUUGUUGGAAUUAAUAUUUCCUAGUGGUUUUCCAGAGGAUUGGAAGUAUAAUGUUAAAUUGGAUGAAUAUGUUAUAAAACUCGGUGGACUUAAGGUUGAAGAUCUUCUCAAAGAAGUUACUGAUUUACAACAUGAACAGACAUCUAUAGUUGAACAUACUCAAGAUCUAGCAGUUUCAAAUUAUAAAACUUUUAUUGAAACUGCAGAAUGUUCAAGGAAAAUGUUCAUUAAGUUCAAUGCAAUAGAUGAUAAGCUAAAUGAUUUGUUGAAAGAUUUACCCAACUUUGAGCUAAAAUAUCAGAAAUUUGCUGAAGAAAGUAGUGGAAUUAAUUCCUUGAGAAAAUUGAAUUCUCUCACUCUCACUAAAAAUGCUCAGUUGUUAGCAAUCUUAGAAUUACCACAGUUAAUGCAUUCUUUUAUUGAUGAUGGUUUAUAUGAUGAUGCUUUGGAGCUAACGAGUUAUGUUAGAAAAUUAUAUUCAAAACACCCAGAUAUUCAUAUUUUCAAGAAUGUUAUGGAAGAUGUUGAGAAAGCGUGGUAUUCAAUGUUGCACCAACUAUUAAGUCAACUUCGUCAAGAAUUAACACUAUCAAAAUGCUUACAAAUUGUGGGACAUCUUCGACGAAUGGAUGUUUUCUCAGAAACUGAGUUGCGUUUAAAAUUUUUACAAACUAGAAACUAUUAUCUACAAAACUGCCUUAAAACUAUUCCUACUAAUGACGUUAAUCAUCAUUUGAAUAAAGUUAUCGAGGUAACUAGAGUAAACUUAUUCAAUAUCAUAACACAAUACAGAGCUAUUUUCAAUGAUGAAGAUCAAACUCCAAUAGAAGUUUUGAAGAACAAUCAUGUGAAUCCAAAUGUGAUUUUUUUUUCAUGGAUAGGUGAAAAGAUUCAUGAAUUUCUUUUCUCUUUGGAAGAGGAUUUGAAUAGGGGAGUUUCGUCCAUUGAUUCUGUAAUUGGUCAAUGUAUGUACUUUGGUCUCUCCUUCAGCAAAGUAGGAUGUGAUUUUCGACCACUUUUAGUUCCCAUUUUUACAAAGAGAAUUGGAAAUGAUUUUCAGGAUAUGGUUUGUAAAGCAACUCAUAAUUUUGAACUCAACAUUGAGAAAUUCACACUGAUAAAUAAAAAUCAUCCGAAUGUACCAUGGAAAACAAAAAUAGAAGAUCCUCUUCAGCCACCAGAUAGUUUACUAGAAUUUUACCCUUUAGCUGAAUAUCUGAAUAACAUUUUGACUGCUUUCAAUAAAUUGAAAUUGUGCGCACCAAUUUCGCUCAUCGAUAAUAUUACUAGAGUGCUCCAAGACUCUUUGCAUUCGAUUUCCAAAUUUAUCCUAGCUCUUUAUAGUCAAGAACAACAAGCUUUCUCUUCAGGAUCUAAAGAUGCUUUCACUAGACUUUGUAUGGCAUUUGCAGAUGAUUUGAUUCCAUUUCUUCAAAAAUGUUUGCAUAUUAUUUAUCCUCCAACAAACACUGCCUCUCAUCUAGGAAUCAACCUCCAAAUUUUACAAAAGGAAGCAAUUUCGUUUUUAGAUAAAACCUAUAUUAUUGAUUCAAUAAAACAUCUGUUACCUAUUAGGAUUGAAACAAAUUUCACAAUAGAGACAAAAAAUAAAAACUCAGAUAUAGACGAUUCUAAAAACAUCAAAUCUGAUAUUGAAUAUUCAAAAAUCGAAAAAUCUGAUGUUGAAGAUAGCAUGGUUGAAUAUGAUAAUACUGAAAAAAUUGAAUCUGUAGAUGAACCAGUUACAGAAAAUUCAUUACAGAAAGAAAAUAUCAAUGAUAUGUUUGUAAAAAAUGUAGAAAAUAAACUUUAAUAUUGUUCGAUUUGAAAUAAAAUAUUUCACAUA